AUGUUGCGUGGUCUUACACCACCUCAUCGCGUGAAGUCGAUUUCAAUGGCCACGUUUACACCGGAAGAGAUAGAAUUCAUAAAAGCAAGAGGAAAUGAUUAUUGUAGACGCGUGUGGUUAGCCCUUACAAACAUGACAGCAGCCCCUGCGUCAACACCUCCAAUCUCUGCACCAAUAUCUGAUUUUCCUGUUGACUUCUCCACUGCAAAUAUUUAUAAUAGUGCUCAAUAUAAUAAUAAUAAUUUUGUAUCUCAUCCGUCCUCAGCUUUAACAAAUUUUAACUCUUUUAAUACAAGCAACUUAAGUACUACUUCUACAAAUGAUCGUUAUGCUGCUUUAGCAGAUUUAGACUUAGCUUUAAGACAGCAGAAUAUGAAAAAUAUGGAAGAAAGUAGUAAUACAAAUAGUAAGAAUCCAUUCCAAAGCACAACUACCAAUGAUUUGUUCUCUAAUAAAAAUCCCUUCUUCAUUAGUGGAUGGAAUUCUACCACAGCAAUGCCAGUUAAUCCAUUCAUGCCUUCAAGCAACCCCACUUUGGGAAAUUCAAAAAAUCCAUUUCUU